UUGGCGACGCCGACGACAUCUACGACGACGUCUUCAACUACGACAGCGGCAACCACGACGGAGCGAACUAGCACUAGCACGACGACAGCUAGCACGCUCACCGCAGCUGAAGAGACUACGGCCAUCCCGGUCACAACCACGACGAGCGAUUCAUCUACAGACAGCGACGGCUACCCUGUGGUGAAAUGCGUUGAUUACGGUAGUUACUGUAGACUUUGGGGUGUACUGGACCUUUGUGAUCGGCAGUCUGUGCUGAGUAUUUGUAUGAAAACCUGUCAUCCAGCUUGCAAAUCUUAA